ACAGUCUCCUCUGACCUCUCAGGCCACAGCCUCUCACUCAGGAGUGGUCACCUGACAAGAGGAGUAUUCAAAACUAGGAGAUAAGGUGUGGUCUGAGCUCCUUUAAGCUCAAGAGUUUGGGGGCUCCUGGUGAGUCCCCAGAGAAGGGCCCAGAAGAGGAAGAUGGAAGGGGGGUGGCCUCUUAUGAGGGGCUUCCUCCUCUGCCUCCCUGUCAGCCUUCUGCUUCAAGGAAGAGGGGACACUUUCACCAUCAACUGCUCAGGGUUUGACCAACAUGGGGUGGACCCUGCUGCCUUCCAGGCAGUGUUUGACAGAAAGGCCUUCCGUCCAGUCAUCAAUUACAGCAUCCCCACUAAGGUCAACAUCUCCUUCGCCCUGUCUGCCAUCCUAGGAGUGGAUGCACAGCUCCAGCUGCUGACAUCAUUCCUGUGGCUGGAUAUGAUAUGGGACAAUCCAUUCAUCAGCUGGAACCCAGAAGAAUGUGCCAACAUCAAUAAACUCACCUUAUUAGCUGAAAACCUGUGGCUCCCAGACAUCUUCAUCAUGGAAUCCAUGGAUGUGGAUCAGACACCUCCAGGUCUCACCGCUUAUGUCAGCAGCGGAGGUCAAAUACACUACAGCAAGCCAAUGCGGGUGACCAGCAUCUGUAACCUGGACAUCUUCUACUUCCCUUUUGACCAACAGAACUGUACCUUCACCUUCAGUUCUUUUCUCUACACCGUGGACAGAAUGCUACUGGGCAUGGACAAGGAAGUGUGGGAGAUAUCAAACACAUCUCGUAACGUCAUUCAGACCCAGGGAGAGUGGGAACUCCUGCGCAUCAACAAAGCCACCCCAAAGAUGUCGGUGGGCAGCAACGUAUAUGACCAGAUCAUCUUCUAUGUGGCCAUCAGGCGCAGGCCCAGCCUCUAUGUCAUAAACCUUUUGGUGCCCAGUGGCUUUCUGGUUGCCAUUGACGCCCUCAGCUUCUACCUGCCGGCAGAGAGUGAGAACCGUGCCCCAUUCAAGAUGACACUUCUGCUGGGCUACAACGUCUUCCUGCUCACGAUGAAUGACUUACUCCCCGCCAGUGGCACCCCCCUCAUCAGUGUCUACUUUGCCCUAUGUCUGUCCCUGAUGGUGGUCAGCCUGCUAGAGAUCAUUUUCAUCACCUACCUGCUGCACCUGGCCACCACCCAACACCCACCCAUACCUCAGUGGCUCCACUCCCUUCUGCAGCACUACACCAGCCCCAAGAAGUGCUGCCCCACUGCACCCCAGAAGGAAAAUAAGAGCCCGGGUCUCACCCCCAUCCAUCUGCCUGGCCUGAAGGAACCAGUGGAGUUGGUGAGGAAGAUGCCCAGUCCUAAAGAGGCAGAGUUAAAUGGGCGCCCUGAAUCAACAGGGGCCCAGCAGGAACCCAAGGCCCAGAAACAGCACCUGCUUGAUCUGUGGAUACAGUUCGGCCACAUGAUGGACUCCCUGCUCUUCCACCUCUACCUGCUCUUCCUGGCCUCCUCCAUCAUCACGGUUAUCAUCCUCUGGAAUACCUAG